CAGUCUAACGGGGACCCAUAACCUUGGAUGAUGAGGGGAAUAGAAAGUGUGUGUGUGUGUGUGUGUGUGUGUGUGUGUGUGGUAAUGAGAGAGUGGGUGGGUGCAGAAAAAAGGAAGUGGCAGAGAAGAAGAAGAUCGAAGUAAAAGACAAGACGACAGAAAGCAACAGAUGAGAGAAAAGGAGGAAGAGACGAGGACUCAAGCCAAGACGACAAAGACGAGAAAGAGGAGGACGAGAGGGAGGGAGACAAACACAACAAGGUGAAAGUCAGAAGGAGCUCCAGACUGAGAGGACGACUCACACCUCCCUGAAUCACACAAACACACAACAUCAUGGCUGACGAAUGACUGGACGCUGUUGACCAACUCUAAAACACAAAAACACACACAAACAAACACACCAUGAGUAUGUCGUCAGUGGGCUCAGCCCCCCCUCCUGCUGAUGACGCGACCACGCCCCCACCAAUGGCCACACCUCCUCGCAAAGCCUCUGUCCGCCUGCAGGAAAGGCGGGGCUCAAACCUCUCGCUGUUAUUGGAUGUGAGCAGCCUGGGGGCGGAGCCCAUGUGCUCCGUCUCUACUCCGAAGGAGGUGUGGCUUCAGCUGCUUCACACAUCGUCACGACCUCUCACACACUUGAUGCUGCAGCAGGCUGCCGAGGACACAAACACUCUGAAUGCAGAGUAUCAGAUCCCCCCGAACUUUGUGAGUGCCGCAGAGCUCGAUGUUCCAGGACACAUGAUCAAAGACAGAUACAAAACCAUCCUGCCCAACCCUGAGAGCCGGGUGGUCCUGAGGAGCCCAGAGGAAGAGUCGGGGCCAGACCGCUACAUCAACGCUAACUACAUCAGGGGUUACAGAGGAGCUCCAAGGGCCUACAUCGCCACCCAGGGGCCGAUGCUGCACACUGUCGGGGACUUCUGGGACAUGGUGUGGCAGGAGAGGAGCAGCAUCAUCGUCAUGGUAACCAGACUGAAGGAGAACAACGAGAAGUGUGAGCUGUACUGGCCCCAGUUGAGGGAGAGGAAGAGGAGAAGCAGGCUGAAGGAGGAGGAGGAGGAAAAGGAGGAGGAGGAGGAAGAGGAGAAGGAGGAUGAAGAAGGAGAGACAGGACAAUUCGGCAGAUUCCUCCUUACAGUGAAAGACAGCCGAGAGAAAGACGGGUUCACCGUCACUGACAUGGAGAUCCAGCUAUGUUCUGAGUGUCGUCCCAUCAGACACUACUGGUUUACUUCUUGGCCUGACCACCACAUCCCACAAUGCACUGCUCCUCUCCUGAGAAUGGUGGAGGAGGUGGAGACAUACAGCAAGUCCUCCCUACCAUUCGGCUCUCAGCCAAUCACAGCUCCCGCCCUCAGUCCUGGACCAAUCGUCGUCCACUGCAGGUAUUGGGAGGACAGGUUGUUUCAUUGUCAGCAGUAUUGGCGUUCAGCAGCUCAGAGACACUGGACAGGUGGAUAUCCUGGAGACAGUUUGUCAGCUUCGACUGGACAGGGGUGGAAUGAUCCAGACCACAGAGCAGUACCAGUUCCUGUAUUCCACCCUGUCCCAGUACAGCUCCCAGUUACAGGAGCAGAACCAGCAGAAUCAGAACCAGCAGAACAUAGAGGACCAGGUCAGCAGACAGCUACAAAACAUGCAGCUGUCAGAACAGGAAGGACUGAGACCACACAGAACUUGAAGAACCAAAAGGCCAGGGACACACCAGGGACAUUCAGGAGGACAUAACAAGGAUUAUUACCAGAAUCAGGAAGAUGGAAACAAGAUAACCUAAAGACGUCAAAUAGACUUCAGGAUCAGAACCACCAGAACCCAAAGACCUGGUGGACUCACAGUUUGGUAAAGCAGCAGCAGUGUUACAGUCACACAGGAACCCCCAAAACACUUUUGUUCCAGUUCAAUGAGAUCCCCAAGAACCCAGACCACCAGGAUCACACUGGACUGAACCAUGUAGGAAAAACAACUGAUGGAAUAAUGUCUGUGAUAAAAAUUAAAAUCUGUUGAAUUCAAAUAAAAAUUAAAGAUGAAUUUGCUUUUAUGUUUCACAGACACUGAAUUUAUUUAAAGUCAGACUUGAACCUCACCUGUAAACCCAGACCUGAACCUCACCUGUAAACCCAGACUUGAACCUCACCUGUAAACCCAGACCUGAUCCUCACCUCUACAGAGACCACCAUGUUGCAUUGUUGUGUUUCUACAGUUGCCCAGAAUAGAUAAACCAAACAAUAACUCUAGAUAGAAAUUUAUGUGUUCAUAGUCAAAUACUGUUGUCAGCAGCUUCUCUGUGACGAACAGCAUCAGAGAAAUGCUGAUUUAGUUCAGAGUGUUUCCUGGUGUAAAUCAGCUGAUGUGUGUGUUUCUGAGAGGAAGAGACCUCUGAGGAUAAUUCAGCUUCUCAACAAUCAACACUGAAGGAAUUCUAACCAGGAGAAGUUUCAGCUGGUUGUAAUCUGUAAUUUGUGAUCUGUGAUCAGUGAUUACCUGUUUACCUGUAUGUUUACCUGGGCCCUAUUCCAGAAAGUGGGUUUAGUGAAAACUCUGAGGGCCAAAUUCACAAAGAAUGAACUGCGGUUGCUGAUAGCACCUUGAAUUGCACUUCACUUGCACCCGCAGUUUGCUCUGUCUUCAUGUCCCAUUCACAAAGGAUAUUGCACUAAUGAUAUACCAGCGCAAACACGCCCACAAAGUUUGGCAGCUGAGUGCAGUUUGCCCCUGAUUUGCCCCUGAUUGCAAUAAGCCACACAUGGCAAAGUAUAAAUGCUGGCUUUGCACCAAGAACACUGUGGCAGAACAGUGGCAGACUUUGUUUGGCAAAGUACUGAAUAUUGUAUACCGUCAUGUAGUGAUGUCUGCUGGUGAGUCAGUCUAUAGUGCAACACACAUCACCGCCAUAUGCCGUAUGUCAAAACGCCUGCCUCCAUUAUAUGCUAUGAACCAACCAACACUGGUGCUGGCUGCUGCGCCGCUCUGCUUCAGACCACUGCUCUAUUUCCAGCGCGGCCGGCGCUCAUGGUGGCACUGCGAGAAAAGCCUUUUAUGUACGUCUUGUCUUGUAGGAUCAACUCCAGUUGUUUCAAAUUUUUAAUAAGACGACUUUGAUAAGAAACUCACCCGUGAAAUUCAAGUUGUUGUUGUUGUUGUUGCCUCAAAGUUUUUCCUCUUCUUCUUCUGUUACUAGCAGUUGGCAACCGUUGGCAAGUAGUGUAGGUACAGCCACCUAGAGGGCUGGGAUGGGAAAUACAUGUUGACGGUGCCGCUGUGUGCCGCUGCCACUGUGUGUUGGGGGGCGGCGCUUGACGGCCACAACAUCAUGCCGGCGGUGUGUGUUGCACUUAACAGUGUCGGAUGGGUUGAGGCUGUGGAUUUGACCAAGUAUGACCACUUUAUCACUAUUCCGUCUCACUUGUAGCUGUUUUUUCAUUAUAUUUUGAAUUAAAUAUGAAUUAUGGAACUGUAUUUGUUCAUGUUUGU